CCUUAAACCAAGUGACUGAAAAACGCCUUCUCUUCUAUUACGUAUAUUUCGAUGGAUUUAUUUGAAUGGAAGACGUAGAACAAAAUUGAUAUGAUCGAAAUUAUUAUUCAAAUAUUUUUUUAAUAAUAAUAGUUAUAAAAACUAAUUAAACAUACAAUGACAAUCUACAAAUGCCCAUCCGGGAUCUGUAUGUAUUCUCCGUUCGUCUUGUAGAGGGCGCUGUUGUGGUAACCAGUGACACAACCUAAUGUGUGUUUGCUGUAAGGCUGCUGGAGAGACUAUUUUAACAAUCAACCAGCAACGAGUCACAAGGGACUAGUCUGCCUACGCUGACUUUAUCUGCGGUCCACUCCCUGCUACACAAGUGAUCCUCCAUCCUGCUGCACAAGUGAUCCAUCCUCAUGGCCACAGAGAAGACUGCCUGGGUGUCCAGCCCUUCGUACAGUCGGUACUGGCGGCACUACCAGCAGGCCAUGGGCUGGUACCAGACACACCGACAAGCCUUCAGCAAGGCGCUGCUCGCGGCUCAUGGCCCGGCGUGCUACGGUCAGCUGUACCCCUGUAAAUCCUCCUCUAACCAACUCAACCACCUGUACACUGAACGGCACGGCGGGGCCAGGGACUGUGGCGGCCGGGGGAGGAGAGGGGAGAAGAGGUACAGGGAGUCGCCUGAGCCGCUGGGCUGUGAGGAGGAAGUGGAGGAGGACAGCGACUUGGAGGAAGGAGAACCAGAGAUUGAAUGUGACGUAAGCAACAUGGAGAUCACGGAGGAGCUCCGGCAGUACUUCGCCCUGACGGAGAAGCACAGAGAAGAACUCAAGAAGCAGCAGGAGCUGGAGGACAAGGAGCACGCCUGCUACGUGCCCGCCGACCAGGACCUCCACCGGGGGGCGCGGCUGGGCACGACCGCCGCGCCCAACGAGCGUCCCGGGGUACGGCGCGGGGCGGAGAUGAGGAAGCUGUACGGCGUGGACACGGCCAAGAUCCAGGCCAUGGAGGCAGCGCUGCAGCUCAACUUCGACCGUAACUGCGACCGCAAGCUGCCCAAGUACUGGCCCGUCAUCCCCCUGCGCCUCUGACCCCUGACCAGUGGCUAGGGGGUUCUGAGGGCGGGAUGGAGGGACCCGCUGUUUGCUCAAGGGCACUUAGUCGGUAGUGAAAGUUUGGAUUCCUUACGAUUCUUGAAGAUGUGGAUGGAGUUCAGGGCUGUGGGGCCUGCGUGGUCAGCGAGCCGCCAUGAUGGAUCUCAGCGCCUGAUGGGACCUGAAGGCGGAACCCAGACGACCUUAAGAACCAAGAUGUCCUACUGCACUCACUGGCUGUCAGUCAGAGGAUUUGUUUGAUCGUUGGUUGAACGCCCUUUGGGAAUUUUAAGGAUUCGUCCCUUGGGCAGCGACACCACUUCUGAAUGAUGCAAACACAGUCAAGGAAACCUGUAUGAUUUCAGUUGUUAUAAAUUGCUUACGUUCCAGCAGGUGGCAGUGUUUGACUGUUGCCCUGAAGUAUUUUUCUGCGGGCAUUCAUUUCACAAGGAGGUUAGGGUUAAUUUUAGAGUGGAGUUAUUUUUCAGGCAACUUGAGUACUGUGUGUGUGUGUGUGUGUGUGUGUGUGUGUGUGUGUGUGUGUGUGUGUGUGUGUGUGUGUGUGUGUGUGUGUGUGUGUGUGUGUGUGUGUGUGUGUGUGUGUGUUGCUCUCACUUUAAGGAGCUGUUUGAUGCAGACAUUGAUUUUAUUGGGGUUCCACGUUUCUGGACCCCGUUCUCACUUACUCCACAUGUUGGAGGUUCACUUUUUAUCGUUAUGCCUUACUGUUCAUUUAAAGGUUAUUUUUAUGUUUUGUAAUAAAGAUUUUUGCAUUUGGAUGAA